AUGAUGCACAAUUCCGAACGGUGUGACUACAGGACAGACGAAGAAAACGAGCGGCUAAAAAAAGCGAGAAAACAGAUCCGAAAGCUCGAGAAGGUCGCGGUCGAUAUCGAGAGGAAACCGAUGAUGCUGUGGCGAUUGUUCAGGGACGCUUUGUUGGACGGCGGCGAGUGCAGAGACAUCGUGGAGAAGCACGUUCUUCCGAGAUUGAAUCGAACGGAUGUGAAAUUCUUGUAUGGAGUGAAUACGGAGACGAGAAAGUUGAUUAAGAGAUCGUCUCGCGCGGGUAAUUUGAAAGAGAAGUUUAAAGUUGAAGAGAUUUCGUCGAUAUCGACUUUGGAGUUUGCGUGGGAGCGUGAAUGGUUGUGGCCGAGACACUGGCGCAAAGACGAAACAACUUUCUGCUGGAAAGUUGCUGGCACGAAUAAACUCGAGUUGCUCAAGUGGGUGCGAGAGGAGAAAGAGUGUGAGUGGCAUGGAGAGACGAUUAAUGCGGUCGCAGAGCACGGUAAUCUGGAAAUGUUAAAGUAUUGCGUUGCAAAUGAGUGUCCUAUGGAUGAGAUGGCGUGUGGAAUUGCUGCCCAAUUCGGUCAUCUCGAGUGCCUCAAAUACUUACACGAAGAAGCGAAAGUGCCUUGGGAUGAGUAUACUGCCGUUUGGGCGGCUGGAAAUGGUCAGCUCCACAUACUCGAAUACCUUGUUGAGCGUAAGUAUGAUAAAUAUGACACGUUGGCGUGUGAGCGUGCAGCCUCGUACGGCCCCCACUUGGACUGUUUGAAGUACUUACACGAAACCGCCAAAGCGCCUUGGGACGAGGACGCCGUAUGGGAAGCGCACGACAACAACCAAACCGAAUGUUUACAAUACCUCCUCGACAACAACUGUCCUCUCCCAGAAGGCUGGUCUUACGAAGGAGGAGUACUGCACGCUCCCAAACCCGACAGACCCGCCGUCGUUGAUGAUGACGAUGAUUUCUCUGAUUCCUCUUCAUUAUCGUCGUCUUCGUCGUAA